AUGAUUUUUUUAAAGUUAUCCGAAAUUUUAGCAAAAGAUUAUUAUACAAUAAGUCCUCUUUCAAAUACAGGUAUGGUACUUGGUAUUAACGCAAAACACAGCAGUUUUACUAAAGGAAUUACAUUGAAUGAACUAGACAAUGAGUAUAAAUUUAAUAUUGAUAAAGAAGGUAAAAUUAAAAGCUACAGCAAUCAUUUUCUGUGUUUAGAUAGAUCAAGUGGCAAAUUUAGAGGAUGUCAUCAAAGAAGUUCAGACAAUUCAAGUUUUAAAAUUAAGUUUCUUCAACCUCCUUACUCUAAAAAUACUGUUAUGAUUUACUUAGGCGUUGAACCCAUUUCACACAAUGGUAUUUUUGACAGCAACACACAAUCUAAAACUUUAAAAAUUGGAAAUGAUUUGAGUCAACCAAAAGAUCAAAAUAUUGAUUUUUUAUUUGUAUUAAAAAAAUAUAAUUCUAAUAAUAAUAAUGAACAAGAAAUUAAUGUAAGAACACUUCCAUUAUAA